GAGACAAUGCCUUCUCUAUACAAGGCUGCAGCACAGGAGACAUCCCACCCUUAUCUUCUUACCAGCCAGACAAUGAAUGGAUUUCAUGCAAGGAAUAGUAUUGGUGCAGAUCAUUGAGAAGGUUGGAGGUGGCUACUAUUAUUGAUAUGAUUUGGGAUAUAUGACACUAGACACUCCAGCUGCUGUAGGACUACAGAUCUCAGCAUGCACAGCAGCUGGAGAAGCAUAGGUUGCCCAGCUGAGACCUGCAGUCUGUGCACUAAGGAUAAUGAGACCACAGUCCAGUCCUGGGCUGUCUAUUCCGCACUGACAGCCCUCUCUGAUUUUUCCUUGGUGAUUUUUGAAGCAACCUCUGAAUGUGUCACUGUCUAACUGGCUCCUCCCAGGGGCUGUCACUCUCUACCUGGGGACAGGUGCAGCACGGAACACACAUAGAGGAUCCAUACCCAGAUCUCCUGCUCUGCUCCAGCAUGUCUCAUCCAGACUCUGGGGACCAGCAGCUACCACUCUGGGUGAUCACAGGCUCUCACUCCUGGGGUGGCUCCCUGCAGGCUGCUGAGAAGUGUGACCCUGUGGAGUGGACCCCUGAUGGACAACUGGCCACCUUAUCCCUGGACCACUCUCCGGAGGAGACCAUUGACCUUGGAGACCCCUGCUCUGCAGAGGAGACACCUGGCAGGACUGGUGAUGUGCCACAGGGAGAAGCCCCCACAGUAGACUCCUCAUGGACAGGCACCUGCAGGGACCAUGGGCAGAAGCUAAGCUUGUUCUGUUACCAGGAGUACAAGCUGAUCUGUCCCCAGUGCAAAUCCCAGGGCACCUGCCUGUCCCACAGGACCAAGCCAGCAGAGGAGAGGGCUGCCCAGAUCAGGAACAAGAUUGUUGAUCAGUGCGAGAGGUUGCAGCUACAAACGUCCGGGAUUGAGAAGUAUCUGGCCGACGUUCUUCCAGCAAAGACCCCACGGGUGGCGAGCACUGCCAGAGCCGCCCGCGAGCUGAUCAUCCAGCGACUGAACUUUAUCCGCAAUCUGUGUGAGAAUGAGGAGCAGCGUCUGCUGGAAGAGGUCCACGCAGAGGAGGAAAGGGUGCAGCAAGGGAUCCUCACGCAGAGAGCCCACUGGACGGAGUCUUCUAGGAAGCUGUCCGAUAUCAGGAACUACCUAGUAGACGUGCUGACAAACACGGAUGACAUCAAUCUUAUAAAUUCAGAGAACGAGAUGGAUGAGAGAGCAGAAGAAGCGGAAGGAAUUCUGGAACCUCAAGAGUCUGAGAAGUUAAACUUUAACAUGAAUUGUGUUCAGAGUCCAUUACUGAACAGAUUAUGGGCCACCUCUGUCCUCUGCUGCACCACCGCUUGUGAAGACCUCACAUUUGACGAAAAGACACUGAGCCCCAUGCUGGCAUUAGGGGAAAACAACAGCCUAAAGUUCCUGCAGAAGAAAGCAAAGACCUAUCCAGAUGGACCCGAACGUUUUGACCACUGGCCCAACUGUAUGGUGACCGAGUCCUUCCACAGCGGCAUCCAUAUGUGGAAAGUAAACGUGGAGAAGACCUGUGCCUACAAGCUUGGCAUAACGUACAGAACCAUUGCACGGAAGGGCUCGGGCAACGAGGCCAGGUUGGGAUACAACCCAGUUUCCUGGAUCUUUUCACGUUACGACAAGGACUUCCGGUUUUCCCAUGACUCUCAGCAUCAACUUGUGGAACUCCUGAAAAGUCCUAAACAUAUCAGUGUGUUGGUGGAUAUAGAUGGGGGGGAGCUCAUCUUUUUCGACCCGGAUUCUUGUGUCAUACUCUACAGCCACCAGACAAAGUUCUCCGCUCCUAUCAGUCCAGUGUUUGCAGUCGCGGACGAGAGCAUCAGCCUGGAGAAAUGAACCAGGAGGAAAGAGUAUAGAUAAUUAUAUUUAUAAAGACUACUUUGAAUAUAAGAGGUUAUAGCCUUUUUUU